AUGUACAGCAACUGCGGCACGACGUUCGUCGGCGCCGAUCGCGCCCUGCGCGAGCUCUUCAAGGCGUCAACCUCCGAGGGCCAUCACAUCGCCCGCGCCGCCAACAAUCAAGGGAUCCGCUGGCACUUUAAUCCGCCAGCGGCCCCUCACUUCGGUGGUCUGUGGGAGGCUGCCGUGAAAUCAACAAAAUUCCACCUCCGUCGAGUAAUCGGCGAAACCACCCUCACAUAUGAGGAGCUUAGCACACUUCUCACGCAAAUCGAGGCGUGUCUUAAUUCUCGUCCGUUGCAGGCUUUAUCAGACGAUCCGGACGACACUUCAGCGCUCACACCAGGCCACUUCAUUAUCGGGGCGCCGCUAUUAGCCGUACCUGAGCCAUCGUUAACUGGUCAACCAGCAUCCACUCUGUCACGCUGGCGUCACCUCCAAUUGAUGCGAGACCAUUUUUGGCAGCGUUAG